GCUGAUUUUUUAACCUAGACGCACGAGAGACGCUCACAGUAACAAAGUAACACUCGUAGACACGAAGUAACGAUCUACGGUGGCUUCAAAGGAAUUAACAGAGCGGGAAGGAUUUUAUUUUUAACAGCUGAAUCUAUCGUCGUCAUUACCAGAAGGGAAAAUAUGAAGUUUUUAACUAUUUUGCGUCUUUUCGCCGUUACCAUUGUGGCUGUCACAUCGGUGAGCGGUGCGUCAAUAGAGCGGUUUGAAAGUGAGAGGCCUGCACAGACAGCUGUAAUUGAUCUUUUGGAGGCACUGAAUGAGAAGAGAGCUACUGUGGACAACAAGCAAGUGGACUAUGAGGAGGAAGACGAGUAUUACGUUGACGAUGAAGAGGAAGAUGAGUUUUCAGGGGCUUACGAGGGGCCAUUAGUUGCAUUUUCAAGAAAACCCAAAGACCCAAUUGCAGUUUUAAAUGCAGAAAAACUUGAAGGCUCGAAGAGGAAUGGGCUUGAAGGGAAGAAGGGAAAAGGAAAGGGAAAGGGCAAGAAAAGGAAUCCAUGUCUAAAAAAGUACAAGGACUUUUGUAUCCACGGAACCUGCCAGUAUCUCAGGGACUUAAAGAGGCCCUCAUGCAUUUGUGACUCAGACUACUCAGGAGAGCGAUGUCACCUUUUCUCCCUGGAACUAAAGAAGAAUGGCGAAGUGUAUAGCCGCACUACGGCCCUUGCUGUGGUGGCUGUGGUUCUCUCUUCAUUAUGUCUCACCAUCAUUGGACUGAUGCUGGCACUCAGGUUUCACAAGCAAGGUGCAUAUAAUGUGGAAAAUGAGGAGAAAGUUAAACUGGGAGCCGCCCCACACCACUAAACGAGACCGGAGAGAACGGGCAACCGUGUGGAAAUUCUACCUCAAAAUGAAGUGGCAAAGUUGAAUGUUGUGAGGAUCAGCGGGAACAGCGUGCUGGAGAGGAGGAUAGAGUGACCGCAUUUGUUUGGCAAGAGUCGUGGCACCUCCGUGAAGGGCCUGACUCAUGAAUGACUCGCUAAAUGGUUCGCAGAAGAGCUCAAAACCUGCCACGAACUGGAACUCUGACAGACCGACUCGGUCGGGAAGCGACACCGAGUUGUUCAAUACGGAACGAGAAGGAACUCUUCGGGGAUGGGAAUGUAGCUUGAGUUUUCGAGGCAAGGCUUUUUCUAGUACUGAAGAAGCUCUGCCUGAAAUAAGUAUUCUUACAAAUAAGAUGUUUUGUUCAUGUCUUGUGCACUGUGUAUUUAAUCGUUGCUGGCUAUGCUAUAAUUUAUUUAUUUAUGUAUAUAUAUCUAUUAAUAUUUAUUUGGAUUUAGACCAACCUUGUCCAGCCCUAACACACUGGCAACAUAUUUGAAAGUCUCUGUGUUGUAUGUUGAUGUAAUAUUUUAUUUAUUAAAAGCAGUAGUAGUCGGUCUCUAUUCAGUAAGCGAGUACUGAACAAUGGUAUACUGAAAAUUAAAAUAAUAGUAUAUAACAAUGGUAUGCAUUUUGAUAUUUUUUAAUCUGUGUAAAUCUCAGUGUUAGAAUGUAGAUUUCAGCAAACUUUCUGAACAGUCAUAUUU